GCCAAGGGACACGCUGCAGCCCCCACCCGUCCAGACUGACCUAAGCAUGUCUGCGGGCAGUUGGACUUUUGCAGACCGAUGUGUGUCUGUGCUCUUCUGCAAGUUCUGCCAGCAGGUGCUUAGUUCACGGGGCAUGAAAGCUGUGCUGCUGGCUGAUACAGAGACCGAUCUCUAUUCCACAGACCUGCCUCCCACCAGUACAGUUGACUUCAUUGGAAACUGCUAUCACACAGAAAUGUGCAAAUGUAAACUGAUGAAUGUUGCUUGUUUGAAAUGCGGUAAUACUGUAGGCUACCAUGUGAUUGCUCCAUGCAAACCUUGCUUGCUCUCUUGCAACAACGGACACUUCUGGAUGUUUCACAGUAAAGCUGUUUUUGGAAUUGACAGAUUUGAUUCAUCUGGUACAGAUUUCUUGCUUUGGGGCAACUUACCAGAUUUACAUGAAAGUACUGAUGAAGAUGUAUCCAGCACCUCUGAUGAGGAAUAUAUCAGAUAAAUAUUAUCUGCAUUGCACUGCCUCCACAUGAUGUAUUUCUUGUAUUCACAAGAAGUAUAAUGCACUGAUCUCAGGAAGACAGUACAAAAGGAAGGGGAAAAAAUGUUCAAAGGCUUGAUACCUGUCAUCAAAAACUAUCUGAUCUAGUAAGCAUCCUGCUACAUAAUGAGACUAAUAUGUAAAGAUGGGAAUGCAAUUCUUACUUGUUCACUUGCUAAAACGGCAAGAUCCAUGUAGAUGCAUAUUUGGCUUCUGGAGUCCCUUGAUUUUACCUGUUUCCAAAUUAUGACAAACAAAAUCAAAUAACUUCCACACCCCUAUCAAUUAUUGUUACAUUAGGAUAGAUCUAACAACCACAUAACAAAAUAAAUCCUGUAGUGUUUGUUAAGCGAGUGUUAUCAUUUU